AAACAAUAGCAAUCCGCAUAGGGCAGCCUCGGGCAGUUUGUGUUUUGAAGUGCAUAGGUGCAUUUCAUUCCAAUUUCAUUCUAGUUCGUGCCAUAGCCCGAAGUUUGUGCUGCAGGUCUUGCCACAGGGAGUUGUUGGACAACUAUAACAAUAAGGAAGCCAACAUGAAUGGAACACACCAACCAGUGGCUUUGUAUGCUGGUGUGGAAGGUGGAGGCAGUCACUCUGCCAUUGAGCUUUAUGACUCUGCUGGAACAUGUGUGGCACAAAGCUCAGGCCCAUGCCUCAGUUUUGUUCUGAUCGGUAUGCCGGAGACGGAGCGGCGGAUCCGCGCGCUGGUGGACGACGCUCUACAGAAGGCCGGACAGCCGGCGCACACCACCCUCCGCGCGCUGGGUCUGAGUCUGAGCGGCUGUGAGGUGGAUGAAACCAACGAGGCGUUCCGUCAGAACCUGCUGGAGAACCAUCCGACGCUGACCGAGUCGUGUUUCGUCUGCAGCGACACGGUCGGCACCAUCGCCACUGCCUUCGAGGACGGUGGUAUGUGUCUGAUCGCCGGCACCGGCUCCAACAGUCUGCUGCUGAAGGCGGACGGUACCACUCACCGCUGCGGCGGCUGGGGACAUCUGUUUGGAGACGAGGGAGGCGCCUGGUGGAUCGCCCACGAGGCCAUCAAGUGGGUGUUUGACGAGGAUGACAACCUGAGAAAGCCGCCGCACAGCACCGAGGCCGUCCGAGAGGCCAUCUUCACCUGCUUCGGCGUCACAGACAGGUUCGGGCUGCUGGCGCACGCGUACACAAAGUUCGAGAAGCAGCGGUUCGCGGCGCUCUGCGAACACCUGGCGGCCGCCGCGCGCCACGGCGACCCUCUGUGCCUACAGCUGUUCAAGGAGGCCGGCGCCUGGCUGGGCCGAUACAUCGCCGCCCUGCUGCCCAAUGUCGACAAGGAGAUGCUGUCGGCGGAGCGCGGUCUGCAGAUAGUGGUGGUCGGCGCAGUGUUCCGCUCGUGGCCGCUGCUCCGGGACGGCCUGCUCGAGGUGGCCGGACCGCUGCUGCCCGCCUUCCAGCUGCUCGAGCUGCGCGGAUCGCUCUGCAGCGGAGCGGCGUUCCUGGCCGCGCGCCGCGCCGGCCACCGGCUGCCGCGCGACUGCAGCCAGCACACCAAGCUGCUCUGCAGCUGGCGGCAGUGACUGCAGCCAGCACACCAACUGCUCUGUAGCUGGCGGCAGUGACUGCAGUCAGCACACCAAACUGCUCUGCAGCUGGCGGCAGUGACUGCAGUCAGCACACCAAACUGCUCUGUAGCUGGCAGCAGUGACUGCAGUCAGCACAGGGCGGCAGUGACUGCAGCCAGCACACCAAACUGCUCUGCAGCUGGCGGCAGUGACUGCAGCCGGCGCACGGUGGCAGUGACUGCAGUCAGCACAGGGCCGCAGUGGCUGCUGCCAGCACAGGGCGGCGGCAGUGACUGCAGCCGGCGCACGGUGGCAGUGACUGCAGUCAGCACAGGGCCGCAGUGGCUGCUGCCAGCACAGGGCGGCAGCAGUGACUGCAGCCAGCACACCAAGCUGCUCUGCAGCAGCUGGCGACAGUAGCGGCGCAGUGAGGCAGUGGCGGCGCUCGUAACGCCGAAUACGCCAGACAUUCAGUGCCAACCAUCCGCCAUCGCACGGAGCCGGCCGGGAGGACGGGUGGGGCAGCGAGCGAAACACCGGGACUUGGGGAGAGGAUUGUAGCGUAGGAGCUAGCGGGCGGAGAGAAAUGCUCGAGACCUGUUUAGGAGAGGAAGGAUAAAACUGAAGCCUGAUGUUCGCCCAGUCAUUCAGGAAUUACUUCAUUGUCCAGUGGAUGUCUGUGCCGUGCUGUGUUGUGUUGUGCGCUGGUGGAUUUAUUUGUGACAGAGCCGGAGGCGGCCGGGUAAGCGGGUCACUGCCCGUGUAUUUCCGUUCGAGAUAGUCCCGUGCCAUAUUUAUCAUUUGUUGCUUUUUAGGUUGAUUUUAUCAUUAGCAUUCCACUUUGUUGAGGCGCGGUGAGCUGGGCUGCUUUGUUUUCUGGGAAUCAUGUGCUGUCGGACUGCCUGUGCCUAUUGCAUUAAUUUUGGUUAUGGAACGCCCCGCAACGGGUUGGGUGCUACCAAAGAGCUUGGUUGUCAGGAUAUGAGGGCUUUCUGGGAGUACAAGACUUUGAUCAUGCUUCGCUUUGCGUUAUGUUGAAUCGUAGUUUAUAUUAAUUCUAUUUUCGUACAUCGAUUGAUAAGUCGUUCCCCUAAAUGCGAGAUAUUUCACGAUCGACUGUGAUUGACCAUUUAUGUGAUUUUUUUUUGUGAAUCAAGCAUUCCACGGCAUGCAUUUUUGUAAUACAAUUGCUCAAAUCGAA